AUGGGUCAAACACAGGGUGCCACGGAUAAGGAAGUGACUCUUCGGGACAUUCAGGAACUUUACCGUAAGUUUGCGAGCGAGUGUCCGAGUGGAAAUCUGCAUUUGCACGAGUUCAAGAAGAUCUUUGGCAUCAGCAGUGGGAGCUCCACAGAAGAAGAAUCUGCCUACAUGGAAAAUGUGUUUCGAUCCUUCGACACAAACCAGGACGGUAAAAUAGACUUCAUGGAAUAUGUAGCAGCCGUGCAUCUUGUUCUUCGUGGAAAACUCGAGGACAAACUGAAAUGGUCUUUUAAAGUUUAUGACAGAGAUGGGAAUGGCUGUCUGGACAGACAGGAAGUCAGACACAUUGUCAAAAUCAUCUACAAGAUAAAAACGCACAACGAUCCGAGCGUCACAGAGAAUAUCGAAGACAUCUGUGACAGAAUAUUUGAACUGGUGGACAAGAAUAGAGACAGUCAGAUUUCUUUGGAGGAAUUUAUUGAAGGGGCUGAAAAGGACCCGUGGGUGAUGGAUCAGCUCAAACUGGACAUCAGGCCUUGUGAUUGGUUCCUUGAACAGCAGAAGAAAUCCUGAUUCGUGAAAAACGAUCA